AGGAGUUUCGUCAUAUCAUAUCAGGUCACCAACACCCUCCUCCCCUUCGUCUUCCUUUGCUGCGUCGUCGUCUCGAUCGCCAUAGCUACCUUGCUAGCUAGCUGCAUAGCAUCAACACUGUCCUCUCUCUCCACAUGGCCGAGGAGUCUCGGGAAGGAGGCGGAAGCGGCGUCGUUGACGCCGUGGAGGACGACGAGAUAACCGGCGGCGGCGGUGACGACCGGCCAGGCAAGAGCCGCGGCGGCAAAGUCGACGACGACAAGAUUAACAAUGGCAGCACGUGGGAGAUCGAGGAGAUGGAGGAUGACCAACACCGGCAGCCGGCCGGGCCGCCGCCCCCUCCUCCUGCCGCCGACGUGUACGUGGCGGUCGGCAAGGGCGGGUCGAGCAUGGAGGCGCUGUCGUGGGCGCUCCGGCGGCUGGCCUCGCCGCGGAGCUUCGUCUACCUCGUGCACGUCUUCCCCGUCGUCAUCAGCAUCCCCACCGCAUUAGGAAUGAUGCCUAAGAGCCAAGCAAGGCCAGAGCAGGUAGAAACUUACAUGAACCAAGAGAGAUCAAAAAGGCGUGUGAUGUUGCAAAAAUAUUUGGACCAUUGCCGCAACUUUCAGGUUAAUGUUGAUGUGCACCUAAUCGAGAGCGAUCAUGUUGCUGAUGCAAUCCUCGAACUCAUCCCAGUCUUUCAUGUAAAACAACUAGUUCUGGGGGUUUCAAAAUCCAAUUUGCGGAGGUUCAAGAGAGGAAGCACAAUAGCAGGACAGGUUCAGAAGAACGCACCAAUCUACUGUGAAGUCAAGAUUGUCUGUGAUGACAAAGAAGUUACAACCGCGACAACUGCUGAUCCAACACCACCGCUUUCACCUGCUCCUGUAAAUAACAAGAAUAACUCUGUCAGCCCAACACCAAUGUCACCUGCAACGAAUCAUAAUAUUGGAGCUGCCGCUGAUGACAAAAACGAGACUAACCUCAAUGAGAGAAAUAAAAUUACAAAAUAUUUGAAAUGCUUUUCAUUUUGAUCUUACUUUUAUGGCUGCUGUUUCAGUAACUUUUGCAGAUAUCGAACAGUGCGUGCAUAGCAUCUUCAGACAACAGAAGGCUUGUACAGAAACAGUUUCACCAAUGUUGUGAUCUUGAAUCUCUUGUUCAUUUGUACAAAAGAUUAUUAUUUUAUCAUAUGAGAUAUUUCCAGCAUUUUUUGUGUAAU